AUGGGCCAAAAGGAAUGCAGUCACUCUGCAGGACCAUAUACAAAGAGUCAACAAGCUCAACAUGCCAGAGGAUCAGAGCUGAGGGUCAUUCUGGCGGGCAAAACAGGAACCGGCAAAAGUGCUACAGGGAACAGCAUCCUCGGGAAGCAAGCAUUUGAGUCCAGGCUGAGUGCCCAGUCCUUGACGAAGACUUGCAGUAAAAGUCGAGGAAGCUGGGGAGACAGAGAGACGGUUGUUAUUGACACACCAGACAUGUUUUCUGGGAAGGACCCCUCCGAUUCCCUGUACAAAGAGGUACAGAGGUGCUACUUACUCUCUGCACCAGGACCCCACGUGCUGCUCCUGGUGACACAGCUGGGCCGAUUCACCACUGAGGACCAGCAGGCUGUGCAGAAGGUGAAGGAGAUCUUUGGAGAGGAUGCCAUGAGACACACAAUUGUCCUCUUCACCCACAAGGAAGACCUCAAUGGAGGCUCCUUGAUGGAUUACAUCCAUGGCUCAGAUAACAAAGCCCUAAGUGAGCUGGUGGCUGCGUGUGGGGGGCGAGUGUGUGCCUUUAGUAACCGUGCUAAAGGGAGCAAUCAGGAUGACCAGGUGAAGGAGCUAAUGGACUUGACUGAGAGCCUAGUGAUGGCGAAAAGGGGUGGCCACUACAGCAAUAGGCUGUACAGCCUAGUAACAGGGUCAGAAUGUGCAACUGUGCAGUCAGAGGAAAGAUUACAGGAUUUCGAAGAGAACUUUGUAAAGUACAUGGAAAUUCAGAGACGUUCAACCAUGGUCAAAGCCCUAAUCCUAAUAGCAAUGUGUAUUUUAUCGUGUAUUCAGGUGUUUGUCAGAUUGCAAACUCUCUUAUUUCGUGUAUUGCGCGGAAUGUGCAAUUUCUUUUACCGCUUACUGUUUAGCAUGUGCAAUUUAUUCUGUAGCUUACUGUUAAUUAUACCCCGAAAAUUAAUGGUAAUUCUUAGAAAGACCAUUAGACUGGAAUGCAAGACUCCUAUAUUAUAG